GUUGGAAACAUGUAAACAAUAAAUUCUUACUUUCUCUACCACAGCUUUGAAUGAAACACGCAUGCCAAUCGCAACUUUAAUUAUUAGACAACACACGCGAGAUUAAAACUUACAUGCACAAUGGUAUUGUUCCACAAUGUGAAUGUGGGGCAGCGUGUUGAGGUCAGCCUUGACUGGGGAACCAUUCGAGGCACGGUCGGGUACAAGGGAUGUCUGACUGGCAAACAAGGAGACUGGGUUGGAGUACUUCUCGAGGAAAGAGUUGGAAACUGCGAUGGUAUGGUGAAUGGGCGCAGGUAUUUCCAGUGUCAAGAUGGCUAUGGUCUGUUUGUCAGGUCAAACAGGCUCCGGUUUAUUCCACUGCAAAGAUGUUUGUACAACAAAUACCACCGAGUCGGCAAUGCUUCAUUUGUGGAGGAACCUCUGUUUGGAAAUUCAGCCAAGCCAGAAGUUGACAACGGUCCAUAUGAUCCAAUAAAGAUCACAUCCAAAUUCCAUGAUCGAAUUUCAACAGGAAGGAGCUAUGAUGAUGCAGCAGACAUUUACAGAACGAGAUACCAUCCUCUUUGUCACCCGAUUUCCCGCACAAUCCCCGCGGCAACAAUGACACGUCCCCGAUCAGUGACCUUGACCUACAGCUCACGACCCGUCCAUGGCGAAUACGAAAUUGAUGACCCUUACAUCACCAGCCCUUCUAUUCCCAAGACGCACAUGCCUUUCUCUGCUCUGAGGAGGCAGAUCUCCCGAGGGUGGGAAAACUCCCACUAUGUGAGGGAAAUGUCUGUUCCCAUUGGGAGAGAUUCUAUGAAGCGUUCCCAGUGGAAUGAUAUUUCUGCUUGAUUUACUUCGAAGAUAUGAACUUAGUGAAAUGAUAUAUAAAUUUCUGCUUAAGUUAUAUUUUUAGCUAAAUAAUUUGCAUACAUGUUUCAAUGCUAUGAGAAUCAUGUUUCGGGCUUGUUACUGCUGAGGCUACUUCUCGUAAUAAAAUUCACCGACCUUAUUUUGCGAAAUUUGAAAUGAAUAAUAGAAAUCCCCCAAAAUAUUUUUUUUAGAACAACUUUUUUUGCAUCUUUGCUAGUCAUUAUUUUUUAUUUUUGGAGAAAAUUGCAAUUUCGUAACUUUUGUACACAAUACUAGAAGCUGUGUUUGCUCAUUCUUAACAUCCGGUGAGCAAGAGAACUUUGAAUACUAUGUCAAAAGUGUUUUUCGUUGUUAAGAUAUUUUUUGUUUUGUAAGAUGCAUUGUAAAAGAGAAAAAAGGAUUAUUGGUAAACCAUUGAUUUUUUGUAUUACUUGAUGUGAACGUGAAUUUCAUAAAAGGAUUGAUUGCAUUUGUUCAUGCUGUAUGAAUGCAGGAGGGCAUGUGAGCUUAUUCCAUGAAGUGCAUCUUGGGAAAUUUGCAAGCAUGCUGACCUGUGUUCAUACUGAAAUAACGCAUGAAAAAAUAUGAUCAGUCAUUUUUCAAAUAGUUGAAUUCAACACAAUUAAAAAUAAGUAGAUUCUUUGGCAUCUGAGUUUUUAUUGUUAAAGAAAGGUUGUUGACAACAUAAUGUACACUUUAGCCAAUCAUUGUUGUGUCACAUAUUAUUGGUUAUAUGAGGUUGUGCCAAUCAUAUCACAAUUUUGGCAUAAACAAUGACGUUGUAACCCCUGGCAUGUUGUCAACAUUGACGUCAGGUUUUCUCUAUACAAAACACUAGGGGAAUGAAAAUAAAUUAUUAAAAAGCAUACUGUCACGAUUUUUCUUUGCACAAGGCAAGAAAAGGACUAGACACAGCUGUAAAUUGUUAGUUUUUAUACAAAUCUGUGAUAGAAAUCUUUUCUGUUCUUAAAACGUCAUGUCUGCUCAGAAACGAAGUCACAAGUUCAGGGUAUACUUGAGUCAUACUGUGAUAGCCAUUAUAUACAUUUUUGGGGCAUAGUUAUCUUUUUGGGUUAACUGUUUAUAUUGUCAAUAAAAUUCUAGUUGUGGCAGAAACUGCAAUAGUUACUACAAUAUACAUGUUACGAGGUAUGUUAAAGUUGGUUCUUAUAUUACACAUUUGAACUAAUGGCUACAUGUAUGUAAUUACAGCAUACAGGUUUAUAUAUUUACAUGUAGACUGUCAAACAAUCUAUCCACUGAUUUAAGUUUAAGAUUUCACAAUGAUCAAGAUUGCCAUAUUGCUAGUCAUGUUUUCUUGAGGCAUGUUCUGCAUUCGCGCUCACUUUUUGUCUCGUGAUGCAACCAUAUGCAACAUACAUUCAUGAUUCCUUUAUUAAAAGAUCAUUUUAACACAUUUUAAUUUUAUAUUGGGCAAAACCUUUAAUCAUUCAAUGACAUUGACAUGAUGUGAUCAAAAGUGCCCCAUUUUAAUACAUUUUAUAGCAUGUUUUGACAUCAUGCAUAAUGUCACUUUGGUUCAUUUUUCCUACAUUCAAAAUGGCUGUGCCCCUAACGAAAAGAAAUACCGUGUUUGUUCAAUGAUGAGAAAGGGCUUAAAGCCCAAAAUUAAAUUUGUUAUAAAUAUGUUUUGCUACCUUAAUUCCGUUUGGAGCAAUAUGAACAAGUUCCUUUUUUGGCUGACUAACAUGACACUAAAACUAAUAAAAACGGGUGAUUUCCACCCUCUGUAAUUAACAUGUUUUUUAAACAAGCCAAUCAAACAGAAUCAAGUCCAUUAACUCAGGUUUUGUUUGUCUACUGUUGCAGUUUUCGUUGGUUUUGUUUGUGUUAAGGGCCGAGUAUAUUCAAAUCGGAGUGAUUCUGCAUUAAUUGAAUAUGAUGGUUGAUUGCCAUUUUACUCAUAUCAUGUCAAUUGGAUGGUGGAUUGACAAUUUGUAUCAUGUCAAUUGAAAGGUGGAUUGACAAUUUGUAUCAUGUCAAUUGGAUGGUGGAUUGACAAUUUGUAUCAUCUCAAUUGGAUGGUGGAUUGACAAUUUGUAUCAUCUCAAUUGGAUGGUGGAUUGACAAUUUGUAUCAUGUCAAUUGGAUGGUGGAUUGACAAUUUGUAUCAUCUCAAUUGGAUGGUGGAUUGACAAUUUGUAUCAUGUCAAUUGGAUGGUGGAUUGACAAUUUGUAUCAUGUCAAUUGAAAGGUGGAUUGACAAUUUGUAUCAUGUCAAUUGGAUGGUGGAUUGACAAUUUGUAUCAUGUCAAUUGGAUGGUGGAUUGACAAUUUGUAUCAUCUCAAUUGGAUGGUGGAUUGACAAUUUAUAUCAUAUUAAUUGGAUGGUGGAUUGACAAUUUAUAUCAUGUUGAUUGGAUGGUGGAUUGACAAUUUAUAUCAUAUCAAUUGGAUGGUGGAUUGACAAUUUAUAUCAUGUCAAUUGGAGGGUUGAUUUACAGCCAGCAUCAUGUUAAUUGGAUGGUGGAUUGACAAUUUAUAUCAUAACAAUUGAAUGGUGGAUUGACAAUUUAUAUCAUAUGAAUUGGAUGGUGGAUUGACAAUUUAUAUCAUGUUAAUUGGAAGGUUGAUUGACAACUCAGAUCAUGUUGAUUAUUGUUCAGAUUCUUGUGCCUUGCCAAGUGUAACAUUGUUUGAAAACCAUGUUUUGAAUUCCUCAUGGAUCUAUUUUAUUUAUUGUUUAUAUUUAUUUUCUAUACAUAUUUUGCUUAGUUGAAGAAGUCAUUGUAAGAACUGACUCCCAGUAUUAAUUUGUCCACUCCUUGUUCUUUUUGUUAACCUUAUUAUUUUCUGUUAUAAAAAGUAGGGAUCUCAUCAAUAUCAUCAAUAUCGAAAAGUCAUUCACCACACAGUAAGAAGUAAGUGAAUGGUUUGAUGUAGGACCAUGAAAUGUUCUUUCUUUUUUGAAUGGUUUUGUUGCUGUUUUUGUUCCCAUAGUUAUAUAGUAAACCCGGUACACUUAUUUAUUUGUGCUUCCUGCAUUUGUUUCUGUGAUAUUUUUUUAAAUAGAAUCAUUAGGCCGGUAAUCAUAAAACAUCUUAAGUCAUUUCCUGACUUAAGUAAAUCAGUGGUCAUAUGAUAUAAUAUUAUAACACCGUCAUAAAAAAACGACUAAAAUCAAAAUUCAUUAUUGUAUGUAAAAUAACCCUCUUUCAAUAGCUUUUGAUAUCACCAUGUAAGUUUUGGAAAAUUGUUUGAGUUAGGAAAUGACUUAAGAUAUAUAAUUAUGUAAACCCGCCCAGAUGUUUUUUCAGCGUUAUGAUGUUGUUUGUAAUUAUUUAUGUUUGUUAUGUUACAAAACCUUUGAGACCUUUAUCUCAUAACCUGUUUCUCACAGAUGAUCCAAAUAUACAAUGUAGAUAUUUUGUUAACAUGUAACCAGUUGUAAUAAACAAUAAAAGCAUU